CUUAAGACGGAAGCACACUUCGCUUCGAUAUUUCAACCAUCAGCGUCGAUUUGGAUCCGUCUACACGCAUUACAUUCAGAAAUUAACUGGAAUAUCGAGCUCUGCAGGCAUAAAAUUGUUUGGUAACCACCUUUCAUUAACUUAAACGAGACCGGCAGUCUGUCUGAAAGCAGAGAAUACGUACGUCUCGCCUGGUUGGGACUUAGUAGUAUGGCUCCUUCACUAACUGGAGAUGCGGACGACCACGAAACCACCGCAUUUCUCAAUGGAGAGUCAACUACGGACUUGACAAAUCGUCGCAGCGAUCGCUUCCGGAAGGAAAAGUCGAACAAGGCCACCGCUAUCUGGGGCAUACUCGCGCUCAUUGUUUCAAUAGCCGUUACGCUUGUUUUGUACGCUACAUUGAAAGUGCCUGUACAGGAAGCAGACGAUCUGAGAGUUGGCAAACUACCAUUCAUGGGAUAUAACACCUGGAAUGCAUAUUGGUGCAAUAUCAAUGAGACCCUCAUCCUUGAAACUGCAGACCUCAUGGUAUCUCUUGGCCUGAGGGACGUAGGUUACGAGUACGUAAACCUUGACGACUGCUAUUCGGAGAAGAAACGAAAUGUAGAUGGAGACAUAGUUGCCAACAAAGAGCGCUUUCCUUCUGGAAUGAGGUCACUAACCGAUCAUAUUCACGGACUUGGGAUGAAAACUGGAAUUUACGGGGAUUCCGGUUGGUAUACGUGCCAAUACUAUCCGGGAUCAUUCCAGAAUGAAGCAAGAGAUGCAAAGCUGUUCCAUGAAGAUUGGGGAUUUGACUUAUUGAAGUAUGACAAUUGUGCAGUACCUUACGACGAGAUUAUUCGAGAGGGCAUGAUUGGCAAGUUUACUGUAAUGGCCAACGCAAUCAAUGACCUAGCCAAGUCGACUGGAAAGCCGCCAAUGCUCUUGUCUUUGUGCCAGUGGGGUCGUCUGGAACCCUGGUUGUGGGCACGUAAGCUAGGCCCAACCUGGAGGACAACUGAUGAUAUAGGUGCCAACUGGCCUUCCAUUGCAAGUAUCAUCAACCAAAACUCCUUCUAUGCAUGGGCGUCAGAAUUUUAUGGCCAUAACGAUAUGGACAUCCUUGAAGUCGGAAAUGGCGACCUCACAUAUGAAGAGUCCAAGACCCAUUUUACGGUUUGGAGUUUCAUGAAGUCUCCUCUACUCAUCGGGACCUAUCUUGCUUCGGUCUCCCAAGAAACGCUGAGCAUCUUCAAGAAUACCGAAGUCAUCGCAAUCAAUCAAGAUCCAGUCGUUGGUCCUGGUGUGACGCCUUUCCGAUGGGGCGUCAAUCCUGACUGGACCUUCAACAAAACGCAUCCGGCACAGUACUGGAGUGGGGACAGUCAAAAGGGGACAAUUUUUAUGCUAAUCAACACUUUGGACGAACCAACGGACAUGUUCUUCAACUUGACUGAAUCCCCGUGGAUACGGUCAGGGAGGCAGUACGCCGUACGAGAUCUUUGGACCCACACUGACAACGGAACCGCUAUCCGCAACUUUACUGCACGUGCUGUUCCCCCUCACGGUGUCGUAGCGUUGUUGCUAAGGGACGCCGGUAACGAACCUGAAGGAUUGACUCCAAAAUAAUGUUGGACUCAGUCAAUACGUAUUAUGUACGAU